AUGACCGUCUCGAACCCGAACAUCCCAGAGCAUGUCGAGCGUUUGGCUCAGAAGGUCCAAGAUCUGUGUAAAUCAAAAGAUGAGGGUUCACGCGUGUUGAUUGGCGUGUCUGGCAUUCCAGGCUCCGGCAAGACAACACUAGCCGCAGACGUAGCCGAGCGAGUGAACCAGCUGGGCAACACCGACAACGAUUUCGCAGUCUGCAUUCCAAUGGAUGGCUAUCACCUAUCCAGAGCCCAGCUAGCCGCCAUGCCAGACCCAGCAACCGCGAUUCACCGCCGAGGCGCUGCGUUCACAUUCGACGCAGAAGCAUUCUACCGACUGGUCCAGCGUCUGCGAGAGCCCCUGACUUUAGCGUCGCCCGCCGUGUAUGCACCCAGCUUUGACCACGCGAUUAAGGAUCCUGUCGCGGAUGAUAUUGCCAUUCUGCCGAAGUCGCGGGUGGUCAUUUUCGAGGGCCUUUACCUUAGCCUGGGCUGUGAACCGUGGAGUUCGGCUGCAGCUCUUAUGGAUGAGAGUUGGUUCGUUGAGGUAGAUAGAGAGAUUGCUCGCGCGAGACUGGUGAAGCGCCAUGUUGCUUCUGGGAUUGUACCUGAUGUUGCAGCCGCUGAGCAUCGAAUCUCUAGCACCGACUUUUUGAAUGCCGAUGACAUCAUCGAGAAUCGGUUGCCUGUGCAAGAAUUGGUUCCUGGUAGUAGAUUAUCGGAGUCUACAGAAUAA